UUCUUCUAGACGAUUUUAAAAGAGGGAAAGUUGAUGAAACAGACAAAUUUUCAGCGCUGGAAGAGACGUUACUUUAAACUGCGGGGAAGAACGCUGUACUACGCUCAGACAGCCAAGUCAAUUAUUUUUGAUGAAGUGGAUCUGACGGAUGCCAGCGUAGCAGAAUCAAGCACGAAGAACUUUAACAAUAGCUUUACUGUAAUCACUCCGUGUCGUCGGCUGGUUCUGUGUGCGGAAAACAGGAAAGAAAUGGAGGAGUGGAUCGCAGCGCUGAAGAGUGUUCAGAACCGAGAACACUUUGAGUCCACUCAGCUCAGUAUGGAUCAUUUCUCUGGGAUGCAUAACUGGUACGCCUGUUCUCACGCUCGCCCCACGUACUGUAACGUCUGUCGGGAGGCUCUGUCUGGAGUCACGUCUCACGGACUGUCCUGCGAAGUGUGUAAGUUCAAGGCUCACAAGCGCUGUGCGGUCAGAGCCACUAAUAACUGCAAAUGGACGACCCUGGCCUCAAUCGGCAAAGACAUACUGGAGGAUGAGGAUGGGAUCUCGAUGCCUCAUCAGUGGCUGGAGGGGAAUCUUCCCGUCAGUGCCAAAUGCACUGUGUGCGACAAAACCUGCGGCAGCGUCCUGAGACUGCAGGACUGGCGCUGUUUAUGGUGCAAAGCCAUGGUGCAUGCUGGGUGCAAAGACCAGCUCUCGCCGAAGUGCCCGCUGGGUCAGUGUAAAGUCUCAGUGAUUCCACCCACCGCCCUCAACAGCAUCGACUCAGACGGGUUCUGGAAGGCGACGUGUCCUCCGACCUGCACGAGCCCGUUGUUGGUGUUUGUGAACAGUAAAAGUGGAGAUAAUCAGGGCGUGAAGUUCCUGCGGCGCUUUAAGCAGCUGUUGAAUCCCGCACAAGUGUUCGAUCUGAUGAACGGAGGGCCACAUCUGGGCUUGCGUCUGUUUCAGAAGUUCGACACGUUUCGUAUUCUGGUGUGUGGAGGCGACGGCAGCGUUGGAUGGGUUUUAUCAGAGAUAGACGCACUGACUUUACACAAACAGGUACAAAUUCAUUCACAAACGGAUACAUGUUUCCUCUGCCCUGAUUGGCUGUUCUGUGUUUCCUCUUCCCUGAUUGGCUGUUCUGUGUUUCAGGUGCAGCACAUUCUGACCUAUGAGGACUCAGUCGCUGCUCAUCUCUCCAAAAUCCUAACGUCCGAUCAGCACUCUGUGGUCAUUUCAUCCGCCAAAGUCCUGUGUGAGACGGUUAAAGACUUUGUUGCAAAAGUCGGACGUGCUUACGAGAAAAACACCGAAAACCUAGAAGAAUCAGAGGCCAUGGCUAAAAAGUGUGGUGUGCUAAAAGAAAAGUUGGACUCGUUAUUGAAAACGCUUAACGAUGAAGCCCAGGCCAGCAGUGUGAUGUCUGCGCCUCCACCCACCAUCGCUGAGGAGCAGGUGGAUGGGGAGGGUGUGGUUCUGGCUCCGCCCAUGGCCCCGCCCACUGCCCCGCCCCCUUGCUCACCUCGACCGCCCGCCGCUAUCUUCAAACCCCGAGAGCAGCUGAUGCUUCGCGCCAACAGCCUGAAGAAAGCCAUCAGACAAAUCAUCGAGCACACGGAGAAAGCGGUGGAUGAACAGAACGCUCAAACGGAGGAGGGUUUACCUUCCCUACCGGCGGAGGAAGAAGAGGAGGAUGAUGGUUCAGAAACGUUGUCUCUGCAGUCGUCAUACAGCAGCAGAGCGCGAGCCAGCAGACGAGCGUCUAAGACUCCAUGUGAGAAGCUCAUCAGUAAAGGAAGCCUGUCCAUAGGCAGCUCCGCUCAGCAGAACAUGCCCAUGCUGAACACUAAGAUCCUCUACCCAAGUCUCAGAGCUGGUGUGUCGGGCUCUUUUAGUGGCUCGGUGAUCACCAGGCUGCUGGUCAACGCUGAUCCGUUCAGCUGUGAUCCGGAGAACCUGGAUCUGUACACGGAGAAAUGUGUGAUGAAUAAUUAUUUCGGGAUCGGUCUGGAUGCCAAGAUCUCUCUGGACUUCAACAAUAAACGUGACGAGCAUCCAGAGAAAUGCAGGAGUCGCACUAAAAACAUGAUGUGGUAUGGAGUCCUGGGAACCAAAGAACUUCUGCACAGAACAUACAAGGGAUCUGUCUCUGGGGCGCAUCUAGUUUGUGAUGGGAGGCCGAUCCCUCUUCCCAGUCUCCAGGGAAUCGCCGUGCUGAAUAUUCCCAGUUACGCAGGAGGAACCAACUUCUGGGGCGGAACUAAAGAGGAUGAUACAUUUAUGGCGCCGUCGUUUGAUGAUAAGAUCCUGGAGGUGGUGGCUGUGUUCGGCAGCAUGCAGAUGGCUGUUUCUAGAGUUAUUAAUCUACAGCAUCACCGUAUCGCACAGUGUCGAACAGUGAAGAUCACUAUUCUGGGAGAUGAAGGCGUCCCUGUGCAGGUGGAUGGGGAGGCCUGGAUCCAACCGCCCGGAUACAUCCGGAUCCUGCACAAGAACCGCACACAAACCCUCACCAGAGACCGGGCGUUCGAGAACACUCUGAAGUCGUGGGAGGAUAAACAGAGAGGCGAGAUUCCUCGGCUGGUUUCCCAGCAUGCAUCGCAGCCGGAGAUCGUUUCUGAAGACGAAACCACUCAGAUCAGCCUGUUCGGACAAGCAGCCGGUGCACUUAUACACAGUAUCAGGGAAGCAGCACAGUCUCAUCACACCAUCGAGCAGGAAUUGGCUCAUGCAGUCAACGCUAGCUCUAAGGCCAUGGAUCUGGUGUACGCAAACUCCAAAAGCAGCGGGGGUUUGACCUGUAAUGUGGUGAUGGAGAUGGUCAGUAAUGUCAAAGCUCUGCACAGUGAGACCCAACUGCUGCUCGCGGGAAAGAUGAGCCUGCAGCUGGAUCCUCCUCAGAGAGAUCAGCUGAUCGGUGCGUUGAGUUCAGUCACUCAGCAGUUACGCAGACUCACAGACAUCAGCUGGCUCAGUCAGCUCAUCGACCCGGCUGACGACGAGGGUCAGCUGUCUGAUUUCUCCAAGCGCAGUCGUAGCGCUAAAUUCCGCCUCGUGCCCAAAUUCAAGAAAGACAAAAACAACAAAAACAAGGAGACGUGCGCCGCCCUCAACAUGCCAGUGAAUACGUGGGGUGUGGAUGAAGUGGCCGUCUGGCUGGAGAUGCUCUGUCUGUCCGAGUAUAAGGAGAUCUUCAUCAGACAUGAUAUCAGAGGACCAGAGCUGCUUCAGCUGGAGAGGAGAGACCUGAAGGAUCUGGGAGUUACUAAAGUCGGCCAUAUGAAGCGGAUCCUGCAGGGAAUCAGGGAUUUGAGUCGAAACAGCACAGCCAGCGAAGCCUAAACACUCCGCAGCCAAUCAGAUGCCUCGUUCGGACGUGACUCACCCGGCCAAUCAAAUGCUCAGUCACGACUGAAAGCAGCCAUACUCCGCCACUCGACUCGACCAAUCACAGUGCCUUCUGUUCUCCACCUGUGUGACAUCACUUUGGGGGAAGCUAUUUUACUAGCUAGAAGGGGGAGAUUUAUCAAGAGCCAUCAGAGGGUCGUACCAAUAUCACAGACUUUGAAGAGCAAAUCACCAUUCAGCCAACAUGAAAUCCACACUCAGCCUUUUUUCUUGGAAAUACUUUCACUUUCUUAAAGUAACAAAUGUUUGUCUUCUAAAUCUGCCAUCAAAACUGAAUAACUUCCUCCACCUCUCAAGCAGCUUUUCAUUUCCGCUGAGGUCACCAAGGCCUAAAAAUUAUAUCAACCAAUAAUCUCAAACCCCACGUUUCACGAUCCAAUCAAAUCCCAUGGAUAACAGUAUGUCCCGCCCUCCAUUAUUUUUUUUGUUAAAUAUUCAAUUUCAUUUUAAAAAUGAAAGGUGUGGUGAAUGCUGUUUCAUGUUGUCUUGAAGCUCUGUGGCUCUGUUCAGUGAGCUGCCUUUGUCUACUGCCUGCUUUCUGAGCCACCAGAGACUCUCGAAAGAUUUUCAGUCCGACUGAUCCUCAGAUGAGAGCAAAAUACAAGAUACAUUUAUGCAUUUGGCUGAUGCUUUUAUCCAAAGGGACUUGCAUUGCAU